AUUCUCUUUUCUUUUAUACUUUUGUUGGUUUGGGAAAACUUUGUAAAUGUCAUAGAGAUGCGUUGUCCAUUAUUUUUUGUAGUUAGGGAGCUUGAAUCUUGAAGAUAUGCUCAAUGCUGCAUCACCUGAUAUUUGACGAAAUAGCAGUUAUAUCCAAGGUUCUUCAAUUUAUGGAGUCACCAGAAUACAAUAGGUUUACACAUAUAGUCUUCGAUACUGCUCCCACGUGUUCUUGCAGGGACAUACUUUGCGGCUUCCUUUUUCUGUCCAAUUUCUAUGACUCUUCAAUUGGCAAAAUAACAAAGCUCAAGAAGAAGAUCACUGCGGCAGCUUCAGCAUUUACGUCCGUCUUUGAUAAAAAGGAGAUGCAACAACAAGGACCUUCCAACGAGUUGGACCAACUGAAAGAUAGAAUGGAGAAAGUUCUAAAUGUUUUCUGUGAUGUGGACACUACUGAGUUUGUCAUUGUAACCAUCCCAACGGUCAUGGCAAUAAAUGAGUCUUCGGGAUUACAUGCAUCUUUAAGAAAAGAAAAUGUGCCAGUUCACAGGCUUAUUGUUAUACAAUUGUGUUUGUUGCAUUCAACUGAGUUAUGUCUAAGCUGACAGGUGUCAGGGCUGCAGAGGUUACAAACCCUAUGGGACAAGAUGAACAAGACCCAAGAGGCUAUCAAAUCCCUCAAUUCCUAAAGACAUUGUUGGAAAUACAUACAUAUUCCAUCUCAAGCUCAGGUGGUGCCCACAACCCUGAUGAUGAUAAGCAUGGAAAGAAAUGUGCUUCUUCCAAGUUCCAUUUUGGUGUCUCCUCUGGCUGUAAUCCCCCUGAGGGUGGUGACGAACCCAAGGAACCAUCUGAUGCUGAGGGAACCAUACCAAACAGUGAGCAAUAGGAAUCAAUUUCUGAGGACGUUUGUGACGUCGCCCAAGGUUCACCAGAAGGGAAAUCCACUGAAGAAGGCCCGAAAUGCAUAGAUCUUUGAAGGAGAUGAUAUGAGGAACUAAGCCAAUGUGUUGACAUAUGCUUUGUCUUUUUUCACUCGGUUUAUGUUAGGACAGAAGGUCCCCUAUCUAAUUUACAAUUCUGUUGCAUUUGUUUUCGUUUCCAGUUGCUAGACGUUUGAAGUUUUUUAA